AUGUUUUGUAACAACACCAACAGAGACGGAGUAAGUCUCCACCAGUUUCCCACAGAUGAACCCCUUUGGCGCCAGUGGAUUGCUUUUGUCUUAGCAAAGAGGGAUGAUGACUGGACGCCGGGAUCUGGUAAUAUUUGCAGUUCACAUUUUAUGCCAGACUGUUAUGAAGGAAUGGAUGCAAAACUCACAGGGUUUGCUAAGAAGGCUUAUCUGAAGAAGACAGCCAUCUCCACAAUUCAGGCCAAUCCCACCCCUGGACAAAUUCAGGAAGCGCUUUCUCUUAAGAGAAAACGUACAUCUGCGGCAACGCAGGGUGAUUCAAAGUGGCAAGUUCAACAAAAGGGGGAUAUAACACCAAAAAGUCAUCCAAAUAGAUCCAGUCGAGCCUUGUCUAAACUUACCGCUCAACGUUGUGUUGUGUUGCAUGAAAAAAAAGUUUCUAAAUAAUCUAAAUCUUUUACGGGAUCAUAAUCAAAACGCGACAAUGUGCCUAUACGAUACAAAGAUACAAUUUACUGAAAUCAGGCAAAAGGUUAUGGCGGAACACACCAACAAAAAACUGCUCUCGUUUACAAAGUUAAUGUGUCGAGUUCUUUUUUUUAAAAAAAACAACAUUCUUUGGUUAUAACGGCUGGUGGUAGAUUAUAAGAAGACGCGAAAAAAACAAAAGACCACUGAUAAAGUACCAGGACCAUCCAAAAGUGACAACAGACAACCAACAAGUAACAAUCAAUCUGAAGUUUCCCAAACCACGGAUCUUGCACAGCCCUCAACAAGUGCAUCUGGUGACACUUCGUGUUCAGAGACUGGUGCAGGGAAAGAAGAACGAAGUCAGGCUCGAGAGUUUCAAACAGCUAACAAGGGAACUGACAAAGGACUUUGCCGCCUAAUCUGUCGCAGCAAAGGUAGAUUUUAGUCUUAAUUAUAUAGUGAAAAAUAAACGUCUUUACUAAGGGUUUAGCCAUCUUUUCAAACAUUCUUUGCAAUGAGACUAUUUUUGGUGAUGAAGGUUUUUAAUCAUAGGUACCCAGAUUUCUCUUAAGUCCAACACAACGGUGAAAAAUGGGACUCAGUGCUACAUAGCAAAACUUCCUCCAUUAAUACUGCUCUCAACUUUAUGUAAGGAGGCAGAAAAUCAAACAGAUUAUGCACCUACGCCGGAGCUACUCGCGUCCUUUGAAGAUGAGUUGUUUGAAGACCUUGACGUUGAUGAUGAAAAGUACAAUCCUUACUUAACAUCCAAGGAAGAUGAAGACGAAGGUGGUAGUAGAGAUGAAAAACAAUCUGGAAAGUGAGGAUGGUAAAAAAGUAAAACACAAGCUGUUGAAGAGUAUUCAUAAACUGCAGUAACACCGACUUGAUUUGAUCUCCACACCACUCUGUAUCUUUCCUUUUUAACAUAUCUGCUCAAAGAAACAACUAUAACCCCUAUUUCUAUAGUCUCCGUUUACUAUACUGAAUGUUUCAUUCUUGUUAUUGCUCAUAUAAUGCAGAUCUAUUGGAGAAACGCAAAAGUUGAAGCCACAUAAGGAAAGGAAAUUUAUUGUCUUCGAAACAAAUCUGUUGAGCUUGUUUGCUUGUUGCCCCAUCUGUGCUGGCCACGCAGAGGCUAAAAUCUCGAAAGAAAUCAGCACCAUCAGUCAGGUUCAGCCAUGUGUGGUGCAGCCAGCCAUUUUCUAA